CAGGAUGCCUAUGUCCGAAGCCCCCCAGGCAGCCGGUGGGCAGGGUGGCGACGCAGGCGACGGCGAGGAGGCCGAGCCAGAGGGGAUGUUCCAGGCCCCUACGGAGACCAAGCGCAAAGCUCGGGACUACCUCCGCCUGGCACCCCUGUGGCUGGCUCUGGUUGCACUGGCUGCAGCUGGGGUGAUGCUCUGGUAUUUCCUAGGGUACAAGACGGAUGUGACUGUCAGCCAGGUGUAUGCAGGCAGCCUCCGGGUGCUCAAUCGCCACUUCUCCCAGGACCUUGCCCGCCGGGAGUCCAGUGCCUUCCGCAGUGAAACAGCCAAAGCCCAGAAUGUGCUCAAGGCGCUCAUUGCCAGCACCCGGCUGGGUGUCUACUACAAUGCCAGCUCCGUCUACUCCUUCGGGGAGGGACCACUCACCUGCUUCUUCUGGUUCAUCCUCCAAAUCCCGGAGCACCGCCAGCCGAUGCUGAGCCCCGAGGUGGUGCAGGAGCUGCUGGCGCAGGAGCUGCUGUCUGCGGCCAAUGACUCAGCGCCUGCUCCCUACAGGACUGAGUACGAGGUGGACCCCCAGGGCCUGGUGAUCCUCGAAGCCAGUGUGAAAGACAUAGUUGCGCUGAAUUCCACGCUGGGCUGUUACCGAUACAACUACGUGGGCCAGGGCCACACCCUCCAGCUGAAGGGGCCCGACCACCUGGCCUCCAGCUGCCUGUGGCACCUGCAGGGCCCCGCGGACCUCAUGCUCAAACUGCGGCUCGAGUGGACCCGGGCUGACUGCCGGGACCGGCUGGCCAUGUAUGACGUGGCCGGGCCCCUGGAGAGGAGGCUCAUCACCUCGGUCUAUGGCUGCAGCCGCCAGGAGCCCGUGGUGGAAGUGCUGGCAUCAGGUGCCGUCAUGAGCGUGGUCUGGAAGAAGGGGCUGCACAGCUACUACGACCCCUUCAUGCUCUCCGUGCAGCCCGUGGCCUUCCAGGACUGCCAGGUGAACCUGACCCUGGAGGGCCGGCUGGACCUGCAGGGCGUCCUCAGCACACCGUACUUCCCCAGCUACUACUCGCCCAGUACCCACUGCUCCUGGCACCUCAUGGUGCCCUCUUUGGACUACGGCUUGGCUCUCUGGUUUGAUGCCUACGCGCUGCGGAGGCAGAAAUAUGACCUGCCAUGCACCCAGGGCCAGUGGAUGAUCCAGAAUAGGAGGCUCUGUGGCCUGCGCACCCUGCAGCCUUACGCGGAGCGGAUCCCUGUGCUGGCCAUGGCUGGGGUCACCAUCAACUUCACCUCACAGAUUUCCCUCACGGGGCCUGGCGUGCAGGUGCACUACAGCUUGUACAACCAGUCGGACCCCUGCCCUGGGGAAUUCCUCUGUUCUGUGAAUGGGCUCUGUGUCCCCGCCUGUGACGGCAUCAAGGACUGCCCCAAUGGCCUGGAUGAGAGGAACUGUGUGUGCCGAGCCACGUUCCAGUGUCGGGAGGACAGCACAUGCAUCUCCCCAUCCCGGGUCUGUGACCGGCAGCCUGACUGUCUUAAUGGCAGUGACGAGGAACAGUGCCAGGAAGAGGUGCCUUGUGGGACAUUCACCUUCCAGUGCGAAGACCGUAGCUGCGUGAAGAGGCCCAACCCACAGUGCGACGGGUGGCCCGACUGUGCGGACGGCUCAGAUGAGCGGCACUGUGACUGUGGCCUGCAGGGUCCCUCUGGCCGCAUUGUGGGUGGUGCUGUGUCGUCAGAGGGCGAGUGGCCAUGGCAGGCCAGCCUCCAGGUCCGGGGGCGCCACAUCUGCGGGGGUGCCCUCAUCGCCGACCGCUGGGUCAUAACCGCUGCUCACUGUUUCCAGGAAGACAGUAUGGCCUCCCCUGCACUGUGGACAGUGUUCCUGGGCAAGGUGUGGCAGAACUCACGCUGGCCGGGCGAGGUGUCCUUCAAGGUGAGCCGCCUGCUGCUGCACCCGUAUCAUGAGGAGGACAGCCAUGACUACGACGUGGCCCUGCUGCAGCUAGACCACCCAGUGGUGCGCUCGGCUACUGUGCGCCCCAUCUGCCUGCCUGCACGCUCCCAUGUCUUUGAAUCCGGCCUGCACUGCUGGAUCACAGGCUGGGGUGCCCUGCGUGAGGGUGGACCCACCAGCAAUGCCCUGCAGAAGGUGGAUGUCCAGCUGAUCCCUCAGGACCUGUGCAGUGAGGCUUAUCGCUACCAGGUGACCCCGCGCAUGCUGUGUGCCGGUUACGCCAAGGGCAAGAAGGAUGCCUGCCAGGGUGACUCGGGUGGCCCACUGGUGUGCAAGCAGUCCAGUGGCCGUUGGUUCCUGGCGGGGCUGGUCAGCUGGGGCCUGGGCUGUGGCCGACCCAACUACUUUGGCGUCUACACUCGCAUCACGGGUGUGAUCGGCUGGAUUCAGCAGGUGCUGACCUGAGGUGCUGCCCCCUGCACAUCUGGAGCCAACCUCCUGGACUUAGCCCAGGGACCGCCAAG